CAGGUGUUCAGUUUAUGAAUGGCCCUGACAUGGAGGAAAUACCGUUUCAGAAAGUCAAAACGAGGCGGAAGAGAAGUCACUGUCCUCCGGGUGUCCCUCUGACCACCAUCGUGUGCGAGGACGAGUUUGACUGCAAGGAACUCGAGUCUUUGUUCCAAAACUACAACCUCAAACUGGAGCAGACGUCCACGCUCAAAGCCCUGGCCGUGCUCAUCUUCCUGUCCUCCACUCUGGCCGUGGUGGAGCUGCUGUCCGGACCCGCGCUCACCAUCUCCAAAGGGUCCCAUCCCGUCCACUGCAUCAUCUUCGCGUCCCUCUUCAUCGUAACUAACGUCAAGUAUCUCCAAGUCACUCAGCUGCAGCAGAUUGUCAACUUGACGCUGCUUUUCGGCUUCACCUUCUCGUUCCUGUGCUGCCCCUUCUCUCUGGGGGCCAUGGGAAUCGAACCCCCCACCUCCCCGGAGCAGGGCGUGUGGCAGCUGGUCCUGGUCACGUUCGUGGCCUAUGCCCUGCUCCCCGUGCGGACGCUGCUCGCGGUUCUGUUCGGGAUUAUGGUCUCAGUGUCUCACCUGAUCGUCACCGCCACAUCAGUCACCGUCAAGACGCAGAGGCUGUGGAGGACACUCGUCGCUAACACCGUCCUCUUCACCAGCGUCAACCUGUCGGGGCUGUUCGUGCGCGUCCUGACGGAGCGCGCCCAGAGGAAGGCGUUCCUGCAGGCCCGCAACUGCAUCGAGGAGAGACUGCGCAUGGAGGAUGAGAACGAAAAACAGGAGCGUCUGCUAAUGAGCCUGCUGCCCAGAAACGUCGCUAUGGAGAUGAAAGAGGAUUUCCUGAAGCCCCCAGAAAGGAUCUUUCACAAAAUCUACAUCCAGCGCCACGACAACGUCAGCAUCCUGUUCGCCGACAUCGUGGGCUUCACCAGCCUCGCGUCUCAGUGCACGGCCCAAGAACUGGUUAAACUUCUCAAUGAGCUGUUUGGAAAAUUUGAUGAGCUCGCUACGGAGAAUCACUGCAGGAGGAUCAAAAUUCUGGGCGACUGUUACUAUUGCGUCUCCGGAUUGACCCAACCCAAAACGGACCACGCCCACUGCUGCGUGGAGAUGGGGCUGGACAUGAUCGACACCAUAACGUCAGUCGCCGAGGCCACUGAGGUGAACCUGAACAUGCGCGUGGGUCUGCACACGGGCCGCGUCCUGUGUGGCGUGCUGGGUUUGAGGAAGUGGCAGUACGACGUCUGGUCCAAUGACGUGACUCUGGCCAACGUGAUGGAGGCAGGAGGACUCCCGGGAAAAGUCCACAUCACCAGAACCACGCUGGAGUGCCUCAACGGAGAUUACGAAGUGGAGCCUGGAAACGGACACGAGCGGAACACCUUCCUCCAAAAACACGAGAUCGAGACUUUCUUUAUAGUGCCAUCUCACCGACGAAAGAUAUUCCCUGGAUUGAUUCUUUCGGACAUAAAGCCCGCCAAAAAGAUGAAGUUCAAAACUGUGUGCUACUUACUAGUGCAGCUUAUGCACUGCAGGAAGAUGUUCAAGGCUGAGAUUCCCUUCUCCAAUGUCAUGAACUGCGAGGACGGGGAUAAGAGACGAGCCAUGCGCACAGCUCCACAGAAACUACGCAACCGCUCCAACACCAACCAGCCCCCGGUCACCCAGAGCAGCCCCCGCACCCGGGUCAACCGCUACAUCGGGCGCCUGAUCGAAGCCCGGCAGACCGAGUCCGACACGGCCGACCUCAACGUGCUCACGCUCAUGUACAAGUGCUCGGACAGAGAGCACAGGUACCACCAGAUCCCAGACGAGUACUUCACCAGCGCCGUGGUCGUCUCGCUGGUGCUCGCUGCCUUGUUUGGCCUUGUCUAUCUGCUGAUCAUACCACAGGGCACCGUAGUCCUGGUUCUGCUGGUUUUCUCCAUCUGUUUCCUCGUGGCUUGCAUCAUGUACCUGCACAUCACCAAAGUCCAGUGUUUCCCAGGGUGCCUGACCAUUCAGAUCCGCACUGCCCUCUGUCUGUUCAUCGUGAUGUUAAUCUACUCGGUGGCACAGGCGUGUGUGGUGGGCUGUAUGCCGUGGUUGGUGGGCGGAGCUUACUCCAACAGCUCCAUCGUUAUCAUCGACGUGGGCGGUGGCUCUAACCGCACCAUGGCCGAGCUCCCGUGCGACGGAGCUCGUUACGCCUUCCUCUGCUGCGUGGUGGGCACCCUCACCCUGGCGCUGUUCCUCAGGGUGUCAUGGCUCCCCAAGAUGGCGCUGAUGCUCCUCCUCGGCGUCCUGUACAUCACCGUGUUGGAGCUGAGCGGGUUUCGCAAAUCUGCAGGUGGGGGGUCCGUCCACAUCCGAGGCCUGGAGCCGCUCCUGUCUCUGCUCCUCUUCGUCGGCGCCUUGGCCCUUCACUCCAGGCAGCUCGACCUCAAGCUCCGCCUCGACUUCCUGUGGGCGGUGCAGGCGGAGGAGGAGCGAGACGGGAUGGAGAAAGUCAAACUGGACAACCGCAGAAUCCUUUUCAACCUGCUCCCCGCUCACGUGGCUCAGCACUUUCUCAUGUCCAACCCCAGAAACAUGGACCUGUACUACCAGUCCUACGCACAAGUGGGCGUCCUCUUCGCCUCCAUCCCCAACUUCAAUGACUUUUACAUCGAGCUGGACGGGAACAACAUGGGAGUGGAGUGCCUUAGACUGCUCAAUGAGAUCAUCGCCGACUUUGACGAGCUCAUGGACAAAGAGUGCUACAAAGACAUCGAAAAGAUCAAAACGAUUGGCAGCACGUACAUGGCGGCUGUGGGGCUGGUGCCGACGAUCGGAACAAAGGCUAAAAAGUCGGGGUACGACCAUCUGAGCACAAUCGCAGACUACGCCAUCGAGAUGUUCGACGUUCUGGAUGAAAUCAACUAUCAGUCGUACAAUGAGUUUGUUUUACGAGUCGGUAUCAACGUGGGCCCGGUGGUUGCGGGUGUGAUCGGGGCGCGGCGGCCUCAGUACGACAUCUGGGGGAACACGGUGAAUGUGGCGAGUCGCAUGGACAGCACUGGAGUACCCGGGAAAAUACAGGUGACCGAGGACGUGAACCGCCUGCUCCACACCAACUAUGACCUCGUGUGCCGCGGUAAGGUCAGCGUCAAGGGCAAAGGUGAAAUGCUGACCUACUUCCUGGAGGGCAAGGUCCAGGGCAUCGGCACGGCGACCACCUCGUCCGUCAUGCGCUCGGCCAGCCUGGCGCGCCGCAUACACUCCUGCGGCAAAACCAGCGUCCCCGCCAACUUGGGCAGCGUUUCCUCGGCGACCAGCCUCAGCAUGGUUAGCAACGCGCAGGUCAACCAGGCUAACAGCGGCAGCAACAGCCAAUGCCUGGCGUCUCCGUGCGUGCCCGCGGUCAGGGAAGUCGUGGAGGAAGAAGACGCUGAAGUGACGGAGAUCAAGAUCGAGAUGGUGCCGGGGGAAGCGGACGCGGCGGUUUGAAGAAGGCUUAAAACGUUAGCUGUGAAAACGAACGAGAAAGAGAGGAAACGCCGGGUUAGAACACGCUAUCCAGGUGAAGCUAACCAGUUUUACAAUUCAGGAUUACAAAGACAAUCAAACUUGGAUCAGCCCGAAGUUGAAGGGUUUUUGUCGCAUCCAGGAAUUUCAAUUUGUCUGAAGAUGUGCAUCGAUGUUGACACAGAUCACGCUCUCUCGCUUUCUCUGAUUAUG